CGCGAAAUAACAACAUCCGCAACAAACAGAUUCGGGAGGUUGGCAGCUGGGCCAUCACUCUAUCAAUUUUAAGACGAAGUGAAAUUCAUUUCCAAAUUGUUCACAGAAACUUUAUUAUAUAAGAGACCUAUAUAUAUGUAUCACACAUACAGUUAAAAAAGUGGCGCCUGUUAUCGGCUGACUUUGGAAAUGGACUGCCAUACAGGGUCAGUCAUGGAUUCUGUGACCGAACAACUGCUGAAAGAAGUUGAACAUUCAUACAAGUCCACAGGCCGAUUAACAGACGAAAUUCUGUCUGCUUUACAGUUUGUGUUCCAAACCACUCUCCUUCCUGCCCUGGACUUGGUGGAUCAGCGGAAUGUAACGCGGAUCUCAUCUCCAAGUGGACGUAUCGUCUAUCAGGUGGUAGGGAGCUCAGGGACACCUUACACAUGUCUAGCAACCAGUAUCUACUGUUCCUGUCCCGCUUACAAAUUCUCAGUACUUCUGAAACAGGACCACAUAAUGUGUAAACAUAAUCUAGCAAUCCGAUUGGCUGUUGCUAUGGGUCUGUGUAAGGAGUUGCAAGUUUCCAACCAGGAAUUGGUUAAGGUCAUUACCAACAUAGAGUGACCAGUCACAACAGGAAAUGGUCAGGGCCGCAACCAACAUAGAUUGACCACGGUCACAACAGGAACUGGUCAGGGCCGCAUCCAACAUAGAUUGACCACGAUCACAACA